AUGCGUAUGGUCAGUGAACAGGUUCGUUGUCCUCUGAUGUCUGGUCACUUGCAAUGCAUUUAUUCAUGUUUAUUUUAAUAAUUAUGCAUUGUGUUCAGUAUUCCACAGUAAACUGUUUGGUUUGAAUUUUAUAAUUAGAAUGCAAAGUUCCACUGUUAAUUUCCUUCAUGAUUCACUCGUUCGUUCAUCCCCAAAUAUCUUUUCUCUUUCCUCUUUUCCUUGUCGUUUUCUCUAUCUGUCUGUCUUCUCUGUGCCCAGUCGUUCCGCCCGUUCGUGCUUUCUCUUUCCCAUUACUCAUCUGAGCUCUGUGAACUUAAGAUGCACUUGACCGAUACUUUCCAAAUUGUACUGUCCUUAAAGAAAGUGCAAUUGUUUUGCUUCUAGACCCCAUUGAAUGCUUUUUGAUUUUUGUGGAGAGGUACAUUCAGUACACUUGCUGUCUUCAAUAUUGUUCUUCACAAUUUUUCAGAAUAAAGUCAAAGUUGCGAUAAUCGGAGCUGGAUUCGCUGGUCUUCGAGCUGCUCGUCAUUUCGAACAAGUGGGAAUCGAGUACACGAUAAUAGAAGGGUCUGACCGAGUGGGAGGACGGGUUUAUCCAUUCUCCUAUAAUAAAGGAUACUUGCAUUACGGAGCCGAGUAUGUUAAUGGGCUCGACAAUGAAAUCUAUCAGAUUGUCGAGAAACACAACCUGCUUGACAAAACCGAAAGCAGAACUAAUGACUUGUGGAUGUUGGACGAAGGUACACUCACAAUCAUUGAUGGAAAGAGAGUUGAGGAGUGAGUUUUAUUUCUGUGAUACGGCAGAAAUUCAUCUUUCUUCAGUGGAAAACUGAAUGUAUGGAAGGAAUUUGUGAAAAACAUAAACGACAAACUUUACGAGGAAUCUUCUUUCGGAAAUGGAUUGCAAAAAAGUGUUUCUGAUAAAAUUGACGAGCAUUUCUCUAUCUUUUUGGAAGAAUAUAAGUUUGGAGAGGAAGAUCGUGCUACCUACGAGAACUUAUGCAGGAUUUUCAAAAAUUAUUUUCAAACAGAAUGGUCGAGUCCGGUACAUGAGGUAAGUGAAACAUUAAACCAUUAGAAAGGUGAAAAGUGUAUUUUCAGCUUGGAUUGAGGAAUCUUUGCACAUGGGAGGACGGUACAACUGUAGAAGAUUCUGCAGUGCUGAAUGAGUUCGGAUUCCAAAAGAUCUUGGAAGAAUUCACGUGCAUAAUCCCCAAAGAGAAGAUUCGUUUGAAUUCAAAGGUCAUCAAUAUCAAUUACGGAGACCUUGGAAGCGCGAAAAUUCUACUUGAAAACGGAGAAACGGUGUACUUUGAUGCGGUCAUUGUGACCUGUUCAUUGGGAUUUCUGAAGCACCACAAAAGGACUCUUUUCACCCCAUCAUUGCCACGUCAAAAGGAAGAUGCCAUCGAUCGGAUAGGAUUCGGGAGCAAUAUGAAAGUGUUCUUGGAGUACAAUACACCUUGGUGGCCUGACAAAACUUCUACCAUUAUGAUUUCGUCCCAGACAGACGGAGAGCACUCAAAACUCACUGAUAAUUUGAUGGUCUUCCAACCAAGUUCGUGGGCUCGGAAUGUAACUAUCUUCUCAGAAAAAUGUUUUUUCAAUCGCAUUUCGGCAGAUAUUAGUUUCCUGGAUUGCUGGCUGCGGUCCGUAUGAAGUUUCGUUGAAAACGGAUGAACAACUGAAGACUGUGAUUGAUUCGUUCCUGAAAGAAAAUCUAAAAGGAGAGUACAAAGUGGAAAACAUUUGCAGAAUUUUCCGACACAAUUGGAUGGAUGAUAUGUUUUCACUUGGAAGUUAUUCAUAUCUACUGCCAGGAACUCACCAAAACACUAUAAAAGUGCUCGCGGAGCCACUGAUGAAUGGAAGCAGGUUAGUGAGCAAUUUUGAGUCUUCGCUUGACCUUCCGUUAGGAUGUCUGUUUUCACACGAAGUCUAAAAUUUACUUGUUCAUUUAUUUUCUGAAGUUUCGAGUUUCAGACCACUUGUGUGCUUUGCGGGUGAGCACACCGAUCCUCAAAUGUAUCAAACCACUGUGGGAGCGGCGAGAAGCGGACACCGCGAAGCGAUGCGAAUCUCUGUACACCUGUUGAGUUCGGAUAACUGA